GCAGAAACGUCACCAACCAUGGCAGCUAAAGUUUACGUUGGAAACCUCUCGUGGUCGACGACCGACGACGGUCUCGCUCACGCAUUCUCGGCCUACGGUCAACUCACCGACUACAUUGUCAUGAAGGACCGUGAGACUGGUCGCUCUCGCGGCUUCGGCUUCGUCACUUACGGCACCCAGCAGGAGGCCGACGCCGCCAUUGCCGCUCUCAACGAGACUGAGCUUGACGGCCGUCGCAUCCGUGUCAACAUGGCCAACUCUCGCCCCCCU